CAACUCCCUUUUAAGAUUAAAACUAAAAAAUGGACCCUUUUUUUUUCUGGAAGGAAAAGUAUGUAAUUAAAAAAGCCUUGACCUUUUGGUUCCAGGGGUAAACAAGAAAGAAAGUGGACCUCUCGUCUCAAUGAUGGGGCCGGAGUUGGUUGGUCGUUUCCCUGCAGCAUGCAAGAAUCUUCCAUCCCCAUAAACAAAUCGGUUCUAACCUUCAAGCUUAUUCAGAUGGAGCAGAGAGAACAGGUCUAAUCAAUGUUUAAUCAAAGCUUUGAUGCCGAUUGGGACUGAUUAACGACCUCCGCCGUCGCCGACUAGGAUGCCGAUCAGACCCAAUUCCACCAGCCGGGCUGAUUAAAACUCCCAUAAUGCCGGUUGAGGCCGACGGCCGCCUUACUCCGCCGUCGCCUCCUCCUCCCUCUUUCUCUGCCGCCAUCAGUAGCAGUAGCAGUACUAGGGACUGGUUCUUUCCUUCUCCUUCCAAUUUUGUCCACCACCACCAAUCGCCGCCGGAAUUCCCUCGCGCCCGCAGCCGGCGGUUCUCCACAAUCCCAAACAGGACAUCUCCCAGUUCCACUCCUCCUCCGCCUCCUUAUGCAACCCGCCGCCGCCGUGUCGUCUACUUCCCUCACCAUCUCUCCCCCAAGCCGGAGCAGCAGCAGGCCCUUCCUGUUCCUCUUCCGCAGCCGCCACCGCCGGUUGACUCUAACGCUGACCGCCCCGCCCCCAAGAAGAAACAUCUUCUUCAACACGGCACUUACUUUGAGCUUCUCCGCCUAGCUCUAAUCCGAUGGCACUUCGCCAUUUCUGCGUCGUUUCUGAUAGCUGCUCUCGCUUCUCUGCUCCACAAGAAUCUCUCAUUGCGGAACCAGGUCGUUGACUUGCAGGAUGAAAUUGCAAGACUUAACAUUGGGUUACUGGCCUGCAAUGUAUCUUCCUCAAUCGAUUUCCGGUUACUGGAAACGGCGGCGGUUGAUCUUUACGCCGGUCAAGGGUUAAAACAUUUGUCUCUAAUUGCCUCACUUGCCUUGUUAUCGAUCCCACUUCUCGUUUUCAAGUACAUUGAUCUCGUCUCAAAAUCGAGAAGUUCAGAUGCUGCUUCAGAAGAAGUUUCUUUGAGCAAACAGCUUGCUUAUAGAGUGGAUGUCUUUUUAUCAGUGCAUCCUUAUUCUAAGCCACUGGCACUGCUAGUUGCCACAUUGCUGCUAAUCAUUCUUGGAGGAUUGGCGCUCUUCGGUGUUACCAGCGAUGGCUUAGCUGAUUGUCUAUGGUUGUCGUGGACCUAUGUCGCUGAUUCGGGCAACCAUGCUGACUCUGAAGGUAUUGGGCCGAGGCUUGUUUCUGUUUCUAUUAGCUUUGGGGGCAUGCUUGUAUUUGCAAUGAUGCUUGGACUUGUAUCGGAUGCCAUCUCUGAGAAGUUCGAUUCGUUGAGGAAGGGAAGAAGUGAAGUAGUUGAGCAGAACCACACCCUUAUUCUUGGAUGGAGUGAUAAGUUGGGUUCACUGCUGAAUCAGCUUGCAAUUGCGAAUGAGAGUUUAGGUGGGGGGACUGUGGUAGUAAUGGCUGAACGAGACAAAGAAGAGAUGGAAUUGGACAUUGGGAAAAUGGAGUUUGACUUCAAAGGGACCUCUGUUAUAUGCAGAAGUGGGAGCCCCUUGAUUUUGGCUGACCUCAAAAAGGUAUCUGUUUCCAAAGCCCGUGCCAUUAUUGUACUUGCUGAGGAUGGAAAUGCUGACCAGAGUGAUGCUCGUGCAUUGAGAACAGUCUUGAGUCUAACAGGAGUGAAAGAAGGGCUGAAGGGCCAUAUUGUGGUGGAAUUAAGUGAUCUUGACAAUGAGGUCCUUGUGAAACUUGUUGGUGGGGAACUUGUGGAGACUGUUGUCGCUCAUGAUGUAAUUGGCCGUCUCAUGAUUCAAUGUGCUCGGCAACCAGGACUGGCACAGAUUUGGGAAGACAUCCUUGGCUUUGAAAAUUGUGAAUUUUACAUCCAAAAAUGGCCGCAGUUAGAUGGCAUGCAAUUUGAGGAUGUCUUGAUCAGCUUUCCUGAUGCUAUACCUUGUGGGGUCAAGGUUGCUUCAUGUGGUGGUAAGAUUGUAUUGAAUCCUGAUGAUUCAUAUGCUCUGCAAGAAGGCGACGAAGUGCUUGUUAUAGCAGAAGAUGAUGAUAGUUAUGCUCCAGCAGCAUUACCUACGGUCAAAGAAGCAUCAUUUGUAAACGUUGAUCGAUCAACAAGAAAGCCACAGACGAUUCUACUUUGUGGAUGGAGGAGGGACAUUGAUGAUAUGAUUGUGGUAAGUUCUUUCUUUGUAGCCCCUAAUUCUUUCUUCUCUUCACCUGAAUGCUGCAGGUGUGGAGGGGAAGUCUGCCCAAAGACUUCGUUGUACCAAAGUCUGCAGAAAGGAUACUACUUUGUGGUUGGAGAAGAGAUAUGGAAGAUAUUAUAAUGGUGUUGGAUGCGUUUCUUGCACCGUGUUCUGAGCUCUGGAUGUUCAAUGAUGUUCCUGAAAAUGAGAGGGAGAAGAAGCUUAUCGAUGGUGGUCUUGACCUCAGCAGGUUGGUGAAUAUAUCAUUGGUCAACCGAGAAGGCAAUGCAGUUAUCAGGCGUCACUUGGAAAGCCUUCCCCUAGAAUCUUUCGAUUCGAUUUUAAUUUUGGCCGACGAGUCAGUCGAGGAUUCAGCUAUUCAAGCUGAUUCUAGAUCUCUAGCCACGUUAUUGUUGAUUCGUGAUAUUCAGGCAAAGCGGCUCCCAUACAGAGAAGCAAUGGUGACAUCAGUUCAGAGAGGGAGCUUCUCACAGGGAUCUUGGAUAGGAGAGAUGCAACAGGCUUCUGAUAAAUCAGUUAUCAUCAGUGAGAUUCUGGACCCAAGGACCAAAAACCUACUAUCCAUGUCGAAGAUCAGCGACUACGUUUUGUCGAACGAGCUUGUCAGCAUGGCGCUGGCAAUGGUUGCGGAGGAUCGUCAGAUCAAUCAUGUGCUCGAAGAGCUAUUCGCGGAGGAGGGAAACGAGUUGCAGAUAAGAGAAGCUGAUCUUUACCUGCGUGAAGGAGAAGAGCUGAGCUUCUAUGAGAUAAUGUUGAGAGCUCGGCAGAGGAAAGAGAUCGUGAUCGGAUACCGUUUAUGUAACGCGGAAAGAGCUGUUAUCAAUCCGCCGGCUAAGGCGGAGAGACGGAGGUGGUCGGUGAAAGAUAUGUUUGUCGUAAUUGCAGAGAAGGAAUAGAAGGAAUUAUUGUUCUUUUUCUUAGAGAAAAGAAAAGCCUCAAACAUGCUAUAUCGUCUCAUUCAAAAUACAAAUUUGUUACAUGGGCAUGUGUAAAAUUCUAGUUAAUUUUUGUUUGUAUAUAAUGGCCAUGUCACUAAGAUAGCAAAAAAUACUUUUGAGUAAUUUUGCUUUUGGGUAGUGUUGGGUACGCGAGAGAAAAUAGAUAUUCAAUUUUAGUGC